AUGUCUAAUAGUUAUAGGGGUGAACGAGAUGAUAUGAUGUCAACAAGAGAAAGGGGAUUACGUAAAUGUGGAGGCGGAGGCGAAGUUGGAUCCGAUGAAAGAAGAAUUAAUAGAGUACAUAGUCGCAAAACUAUGAGACAAUUACAAUGGUUUAAAGAUUUACUUAAAGCCAAAGUUGUUUUAAUGGCAGGUAAAAGAAAUUGGGAAGAAUAUGAUAAGCAAUUUCUCAAUCAACAUGAUGAAGAUGAAAUCAUGAACAGUCCAACAGAUAAUGCCAUUUUGGAAACAGCAAAAGAAAGAAUAAUAGUGAAUAAUAGUGAAGUAUCAAGAGUACGUCCUAAAAGAAGAAACAAAUUAGAAUAA